AUGGACGCUCAUGCGGACAUAGAUAAUAUCCUAAGAGAUGUGAAGAAACAAAAGGAGUUGGAGCACCUCAUAGUUGAUCUGGUGAACUUGGUGUCGAUGCGCGGGGACCAGGCCUGCGUCGCCGUCCUCUGCGACCCUGUCUACUUGAACAUCUUCGAAGGCGCUUUGUUUGAUAAACUCUACACCGUGCCUUUUGUCUUCAUUGUGGUGGCUGAACACGAGGACCUUUUGUCUCCAAACUUCUCUACGCUGGAGGCGAUGCGACAUGCAAGGAAGGAGGGGUGCGGAGCGUAUUUCAUCAUCCUCGCGAACGGCUUGCAAGCUUCUCGACUCUUGACAUUUGGUGAUCGAUACCGUCUCUUGGAUACAAGAGCGAAGUAUAUAAUGCUACACGACAUCAGAUUAUUUAAAAGUAGCUUACAUUAUCUAUGGAAACGCAUCGUGAACAUCGUAUUCCUGCGAUACCACAAUGCUCCACGGAAUAAAACCUGGUUCGACCUCUCCACUGUUCCCUUCCCAAAUACCAUCAGAGAAGUUUUGAUAACUCGAAGAAUAGAGAUAUGGAGGAAUGGAAAAUUUCAUUACAAUACAGACUUAUUCGCAGACAAAACAAAGAACCUUUACGGAGAGACGCUAAGCGUUGUCUAUUUGGAACAUGUUCCAUCUGUUGUAAACACAAAGUCAAAUGAAACGAAGAAAGUUGGAGGCGUUGAAAUUGAGAUACUAAACACAAUAGCGUCAAAAAUGAACUUCAAACUCAAAUUGUACCAAUCCGCUGACGCUGAACAGAACAAAUGGGGUCAGAAGCUACCAAACGGUUCAUAUUCCGGUCUCCUCGGCGAGAUGGUAACGGGUCAGGCCGACAUCGCAGUUGGCAACCUGCAGUACACCACGCUUUAUCUUAAAAUGACUGACCUCAGUAUACCUUACACCUCUCAAUGCUGGACUUUCUUGACUCCUGAAGCGAUGUCCGAUAACUCAUGGAAAACUUUGAUACUACCUUUCAAAUUGUACAUGUGGAUCGCUGUCCUAAUGGUUCUGUUAGUAACAGGUUCUAUCUUCUAUGGCCUCGCAAAAUAUUACAUACACUUGAUGGAUUUUAGAGGAGAAACAACGAAGGAUAGAUCUACGGAAAAAAUAAAGCAAAAUCUUACUUUAGAUACUCGAGCUGGCGGUUUAUAUUUGUUUGGUGAAAUAACGAACAGCAUUCUCUACACUUAUGGAAUGUUACUUGUCGUAUCUUUACCCAAAUUACCAUCCGGUUGGUCGAUUCGCUUACUCACUGGCUGGUAUUGGCUUUAUUGCAUACUCCUGGUUGUAUCCUACAAAGCAAGCAUGACUGCUAUAUUAGCCAACCCCACACCAAGAGUAACUAUAGACACGUUAAAAGAGUUAGUAGAUAGCAAAAUAACAUGCGGCGGAUGGGGACAAGAGACUAAAAAAUUCUUUCUGGAAUCACUAGACGAUGUUGGCCAGAAAAUCGGUCAAAGAUUCGAAAUAAUCAAUGACCCGGAUGCCGCUGUUAAAAGAGUCGUCCGUGGAGACUUCGCUUACUAUGACAAUAAAAACUUUUUAAAAUACUUAAGGGUUAAAAGGAAAAACAAUAAAAUCGAUAUUAACACGACUAAUUUAUUAGUUACCAACGAUACUAAUAUGGGUAAUACACGGAUGGAAAGAAAUUUACACAUAAUGUCCGAUUGUAUGGUUAACAUACCUGUUUCAAUAGGAUUUCAUAAGAACUCUCCCUUAAAACCAUUAGCAGAUGUGUACUUGAGAAGAAUAGUCGAAGUUGGCCUUUUUGAGAAAUGGUCAAACGAUGCCAUGUAUCGUAUUAACACGUUGGAUACAAAUGAUGAAGAAAUAAAAGCUUUGAUGAAUCUAAAGAAACUCCAAGGAGCGUUUAUAGCACUGGCUAUUGGUUAUUUUAUUAGUUUGGUGAUAUUUAUAAGUGAACUUAGUCAUUGGCAUUUCAUUGUUAAGAAAGAUCCACAUUUCGACAAAUAUGCCAUGGAUCUGUAUUAUAUUAAUAAAAAUAAAAAACAUUAA